AUGACUCCUGUUGCUCCUACUGCUACCACUACCACUGCUACACCCAUUGGUGGCUCACCAGCAUCGUUGUGGGCCAGGCUGAGAGUUAUGAUGGCUUCUACUACUACCACUACUACUACUACUACUAGGUCACCACCAAGGCGGGCCAAGCGAGUUCAGGCUGUGACGCUGGGCCCACGGUGCCCGGUGUGGGCAUUGGUGGUGACGGUGGCGGCGCUGGUGGUGUGCCAGGCCGGGCCGGCCCUGAGCGCGUGCCCGCCGGGCUGCUCCUGCUUCUUCGCCAUGCUCCAGUGUCUGGAGGGCCGAGCCGGCGUCACCGGCAUCCCUGCGCUGGCCUCACAGGAGAGCGAGAACAUCACCGAAAUACACAUUGAAAAGGAGCCUGAUCUGAAAAAUCUCACAGAAAUUGAUCUUGCCAACUACAGGGAACUGAAGAAUCUGACGGUGACAUCUUGCGGACUGGAAUACAUCUCUGUUAAUGCUUUUCAGCACAACCUCAAGCUGCAAUAUGUGAAUCUUGCAUCCAAUGAGCUCAGACACGUCAGCUGGAAGGUGUUCCGUUUUCUUCCCCUUCUGAAUCUGGUUUUGAGUUACAACCCACUGGACUGCUCAUGUGACCACCACUGGCUACAGCAGUGGCAACUGGGAGGACGCGGUGACCUUGACAGCCAACCCCCGACCUGCGUGUCAAACGGGACCGAUAUUCCACUUGACGCCUUGUACAUCGAGAACUGCAGUGUCCCUGAAGUUACCGUCCGUGCGUCCAGGACAAAGGCACAGGAGGGAGGGAACCUGACAUUCGUCUGUGAGGUCACCGGUGUCCCCACACCCUCAGUCUGGUGGAACACAGAGCGCCUCCACUCGCAGUACACUUCGGAGAGGAUUCUCUGGGCCGAUAGACAAGAGUUGGUCCUCCACCUGGUGAACGUGUCUUCUGGAGACAACCGCCACAACCUGACAUGUGAGGCAGAGAACCGGGCCGGCCCCGGGAGAGAUAUGGUGGAACUGGACAUUGAGUUCGCAGUAAAGAUCCUGUUUCUGCGGGACCCCGAGCCGCAGCACCACUGGUGCAUCCCCUUCGCCGUGGACGGCAACCCCAGGCCCCACAUCCGCUGGCUGUACAACGGCAAGCCGCUGAAGGAGAACCGCUACACCUACACGCAGCUCAUCCCGGACUCGGAGGACGGCUCCAUCCUGCACGGGUGCCUCUUCCUCAACAAGCCCACGCACAUGAACAACGGCCUCUACACCCUGAUCGUCAACAACACCCUGGGCACGGACAACGCCACCACCCAGGGCAAGUUCAUGGAGAACCCCUUCGAGCCCUCCGAUCCAGAGGGCCUCAUCCCCGUCCAUAAUGAUCCAAUUCCAACGAGACAAUCCACCGAGGACGUGACGAUGAACUUAGAGAGCAGAGUGUUCGGGGUGUCUGUGGCGGUGGGGCUGGCUGUGUUCACCUGCACCUUCCUCCUCAUCAUGGUGCUGGUCAUUAACAAGUGUGGACAGCACUCCAAAUUCGGCAUACAUCGUUCAUCGGUCCUGGGCACGGAGGAUGACCUGGCUGUAUCCCUGCGGUUUAUGAAUUUUGGGGCAAGCCCCCCUUCGUCAGACGAGGGGCCUCUGGACGCUGGCCUGUCAAGCUUUGUGGAGAAUCCUCAGUACUUCUGCGGCAUCAUCAAGGACAAAGACAUGUGCGUUCAGCAUAUAAAGCGAAAGGACAUCGUGCUGAAAUGGGAGCUCGGCGAGGGGGCUUUCGGAAAAGUCUACCUGGCUGAGUGUGUCAACCUGAGUCCUGAUCACGACAAGAUGCUGGUGGCCAUUAAGACUCUAAAGGACGCUAAUGAGUCCACGCGGCAGGACUUCCAGCGGGAGGCCGAGCUGCUGACAGUGCUGCAGCACGAGCACAUUGUGCGCUUCUACGGCGUCUGCACCGACGGAGAGCCGCUGGCCAUGGUCUUCGAGUACAUGCGCCACGGCGACCUGAACCGCUUCCUUAGGGCUCAUGGCCCGGACGCCCGCAUCCUGGACGAUGGCAAGAUGCCGCCCCUGGGUCAGCUGACUCUGCCCCAGAUGCUGCACAUUGCGGCCCAGAUCGCCUCUGGCAUGGUCUACCUGGCCUCCCUGCACUUUGUCCACAGGGACCUGGCCACCAGGAACUGCCUGGUGGGGGAGGGCCUGGUGGUGAAGAUCGGGGACUUUGGCAUGUCGCGGGACAUCUACAGCACUGACUACUACAGGGUUGGCGGGCGCACUAUGCUUCCCAUUCGCUGGAUGCCCCCGGAGAGCAUCAUGUACAGGAAGUUCACCACGGAGAGCGACAUCUGGAGCUUCGGCGUGGUCCUCUGGGAGAUCUUCACCUAUGGAAAGCAGCCCUGGUACCAGCUGUCCAACAGUGAGGCGAUCGAGUGUAUCACGCAGGGCCGGGAGCUGGAGAGGCCGCGCACGUGUCCCAAGGAGGUGCACCAGCUGAUGCAAGGCUGCUGGCAGCGGGAGCCCCAGCAGAGGCUGGUCAUCAAGGAGAUCUACAGCCGCCUGGUGGCCCUGGUGAAAAACCCCCCAGUCUACCUGGACAUCCUGGAGUAGGAGUGGGAGUGGGAGGGCAAGGAGAAGGAGAAGGAGAAGGAGAAGGAGCGAGAGCCGCGCAUGGAGGAGUGGAGGUGCUGCUGUGC